AUGACAUCAGGCUGGGCCGUGAGGGUCGUGUUCGGGGUGAGAUAUGCCUCAGAGGUGUCAGAGUGGGGGGGAGAGGUAGAGGUCGGAGGUGUCUGUGAGCGUCCGCUCGAUCACGAGCUUGGUGAGGCGUCCCGCGUGCUUGCAGCCCGAUCGGGGGACGUACAGCGUGGUCCUCGUCCUCGUGGUUCGCUCUACGCGCACACUAUUUGGAGUUUGGAGGGAGUUUGGGGAUUGGAGGGAGGCAGAAAAUAA